AAUCCAAUCCCUCCCAACAGAUGGCCAUCCAGCCUAUAUUUAAAGAUCAUUUUACCCUCCCGAACAGGACCUGGACCCGGGCGUUACAGCUUGCCUCCAACCGUGGGCUUUGCCAACCAUGAUUACACCCGCUUUGCCAGCCCGGCUUACUCUUUCCACCAGAGGCUCAACAACAGCAUCCAUCCGAAGGACUCCAGUCCUGGGCCGCGCUAUUAUGUCGAGCCUGAGCUCACACGUUUCGGCAGAGCCAAGGGACCCUCCUAUUCCAUGCUGGCGCGAAGCAAGCCUAAGGGUAUUCCUCGGACUCCCGGACCUGCAACCUACCACUUGGAGAAGGUGCCUCCUCCAUCCCAUCAGCGGCCACCCUCUUUCUCAAUCGGGGCCCGGACCAAGCCCCGCCCGGUGGACCCCGUCCCGGCCCCCAACAGCUACACUCUCCCUUCACUCCUGGGCCCCCACGUCCCCUACAAAGCCUCCAGCCCCAGUUUCUCCGUUGCUGGCCGGAGCGCCAAAGGUGGUCACUCGGAAGACCUCCAACGAACACCGGGGCCUGGCCGUUACAAGACGACGGACCCUGACGUCUACCUGUGCCGCUCGCCGGCCUUCUCCAUGCUGGGGAGGUUCAAGCAGGGCAAAGGGGGUCUCCCAACCCCGGGGCCUGGUGCACACAGCCCCGAGAAGGUGACAAUCCACAGGGCAAGGGCUCCCUCCUACUCCCUCGGCAUCCGGCACUCGGAAUUCCUCAUGCCACUUGUCGGGGAGGCUCUGGAAUGGUAGGCAAGGCUGCCCUUGACCGACUCCAUUGUGAGACUCAUGGAAUGAAUCCUGACGGUGUGACACUUUGGCAAUAAAAACGAAA